AUGUCAUGGGUCCCACGUAUACCAUCUCAGCGCACGAAAACGUGUUCAAUUUCGACUUUGCGAGAGAACAACAUGGCAGAAGGGAAAUAUCUAGAAGCGAGGGGCAUCCGACUGGUUCUCACCGAAGCGAUGGGACAAGAGGUCAAAACUGAGGACCCUAGGGCAGCAGAGGCCGGCUUAUAUACAUGGGGAGAUAAGGGCAGGCUGUGCGCGCUGGUCCGUGCGCAGCUGGUCUGUGCGCAGCAUGCCGACGCGGCCCCGGGGGCCGAAUCGAUUGAGUCAACGGAGACGAUUCUCUCUGCCCUAUCAUUGGAGACACAGAGGGCCAAUUCUUCACCUCCCACAUGCACCUUGGUCCUUCAGCACAACUCUCCCAUUCAACCGAAGAAUCUUGAUCACGAUUGGUAUAAGUGGUAUCUGUUGGAACAACGGUGUGAACGGCGCGGGGGCGCAUUUGUCCACGGGCGUAGCGAUGCCCGUCAGGGACAAUCGCGUGCGGUACGUACAUCGCGCGGGGUCGUUAUAUACUACGAUAGGGGCCUCCGGCCCCCAGCUACUCGCGCGCCCGAGCUUGCGAGCUCGUUCCUGACUGCGCGGGUCAGCGCGUUUCAACAGUAUCCUGCACGGGUUCACAUCAAGAAGCUCGAAUCAUCUGAGGAUACGGAGGUGUACAUAUGUACCUUAUCAGUCCGGGACAUGGAUGGCGUACCGAUGGCUGAGCCUAGCAAGCUGGACGUGGUGUGCAAGGUCAAGAGAAGAUAUAGCGGGAUUGAGGAACUCCGUGACGAGCACGACUGCUACGUCAAACUACGAGAUUUGCAGGGUCGGGAGAUCCCCAAGUGCUAUGGGUUGUUUCAGAGCUCUGGAGAUGCCCUUUCUCUAGACAGGGCCACUCGGCGGUCUACCUGGGCGUGUCUCGUAUUUGCAUAUUGCGGGAAAGGUCUUCCUAAAAACCUCAUAUGCAUGCCCUGGGAAUUCAAGCACGAAGUCAUUCAUCGUGAUCUCCGCACCCUUGGAAAUGUUAUUGUUUCCGACAAUGGCAAACCAAUCAUUGUCGAUUUCGGGAAAGCCAGAUGUGACCAUCAAUGUGGAGAGACCGAAGCAAUUCCUUUCCACGUUCACGCGCCCUUUGAUCAACCUUGCUAUGAGUUAGCCGAGGCUGCAGAGGCGACGUGGCUGUGGAAAGCAAGAGAAUUCAUGAGUAAACUUGGAAUUCCGAUUCCUGUCCGUGUCAUAGAGAAUGAUGAGACGACCUUGGAAGAGAAGAUAGUCAAAAUUAUGAAGCUCAACACUCCCCAAGAGGUCUAUUCUCCUACCCCUAUCGAUUUCAGAAAGGAAGCAGAGAACGAAAUCAAGAGGCGAGCACAAAUAGUCCAAUGGGGUCUUUCACAGGGGCCCGGCUAUGUGAUUUACGUACACAAACGCUACUACAUCCCUGCAAACGGGCGCAUCCAUGAUAUCUGUGUCGUUUACGAUGGUGCACUUGAUGUCGCAGAGAGUAUCGGGCUCGGGCUUCGGUUGACCAGCCGCUCUUCGCGAGUCGAGAACCCAGUACACUCAAAAGUCCUGGUCGUCAGCUACGUUGUGACUUGUCUCAAGUUCUCUGGCGAGCUGGACCCUUCCGCAGUGGUUUUGAGCUCAUAUGCCUCGCCACGUCACGCUGCGCGUUACUUGCCUGCGAGCGACGCGGGCUCGGUACAGGCACUUUCGUGUGAACGCCAUCUGCGUCUCCUCGGGAAUGAUCGUGCAAUGGACAGUAGGGCAUCUACGAGGCGACAUUGCGACCAGUUGGCAGGUGCGUUGUCGGCUAUAUGCUGGAGUCUGCGCGGCUGA